AUGGCAAUGGCGAUAUCCAAAACCCUCUUCUCUAUCUUCUUCAUUCCCCUCCUCUUCUCCACCCUUAUCACCGCCAAAGACCCUCGUUUCGAUCGAAGCCUGUCUCCAAAAUCACUGGGCCUCCGCAAGGAGAAGCUUAGCCACCUCCACUUUUACUUCCACGACAUUCUCAGCGGCCAAAACCCCACCGCUGUUAGGGUGGCCCAAGCUGCAAUGACGGCUACGUCCCCCACGUUCUUCGGAGCCGUAAUGAUGGCCGAUGACCCCUUAACCGUUGGGCCUGAGCCCAACUCCAAGGUCAUAGGAAAAGCCCAGGGGAUUUAUGCGUCUGCGUCACAAAAGGAUCUGGGGCUAAUGAUGAUGUUGAACUUUGCAUUCAUGGAAGGGAAGUACAAUGGGAGCACAGUGAGUUUGUUGGGGAGGAAUGCGGUGUUUUCCGGCGUGAGGGAGAUGUCGAUCGUGGGAGGGAGCGGGGUUUUCCGAUUUGCACGUGGAUACGCUCAGGCCAAGACUUUCUGGCUUAACACCACCUCCGGCGAUGCUAUUGUCGAAUAUAAUGUCUAUGUUUUGCAUUAUUAA